CACGGGUCAUGGCCCGCGGAGUUUAAGUUUAGUCGGGGGACGCGGAAGUGGCGAGCCAAUCGUGGAGGCAAGGGACAGGUUCGGUGGCGCACGGGAGGAGAGCUGCGCUUCCAGCCGAGUUACCCCGGCUGAGUGAGGGGCUACAGGGCCAAGCCCUGGGCCAGUGGAGGCGUCGUCACCGCCCGUGGCAGGCAAGCCGAGGCGCGCGGGCGGACACGUGUGGACGUCUGAGCGCUCCUGGACGAGGAAGAGUGCACGCCGGGCCUGGUCCUCUGCGGAUUCCGCGGCAAGGUUCCUUAAAGACUGCAGCUUGAAGUUCCUGUGGUUGCUGGGAGGCUGGGCUUCGGAGGAAGGUAUCAAGAAACAAUGUUUCCUUAAGUUUGCUUCUGUAUUUGCCUCAUCAAUGUCAUUCAUAUUGAGUAUCUUAAGAGAGAUGCUGGAAUAUUUUGGUGUUCCUGUAAACCAGGUUUUGCAGAUUUGGGAAAAUAAAGACUAUGGAUCAGCUAGGAGUAUUGUUCGUAUUAUUGGGAAAAUUCUUCCUUUAGAACCUUGUCCCAGGCCUAAUUUUGAGCUGAUCCCACUCUUGAACUCUGUGGACCCAGCUAACUGUGGAUCUGUAGUUCCAUCUUUUGCUGACGUUUUGUAUGUGAUGAAUGAUGAAGAAGCCAGUUAUCCCAGAUUUCGAAAUAGUAUAUGGAAAAAUGAAGAAGAGGAGAAAAUUGCUUCUUUCCAUCCUUUGCAACUAGUUGAAGAUCCACUGACACCUGCUCUAAGGCAUAACAAACCAACAAAAAAUGAUUGGCCUGAAAGUGAAGCUGCAAUUAAAAAAAUAGCUGCCCUUGAAGAUGAGCUAGCUUUUCUUCGCUCUCAGAUUGCUGCAAUUGUGGGAAGGCAAGAACUGAGAAACAGUACAAAUUCUGGCUCCUUGGACUUGAAGAACGACAGGCCUAGUGGUUUGGGACAAAUGCCAUCAUCAGGGACUACUCAACUGAGUGUUGAACCAGAUUCGUUUUCAAGUUCAGUGUUUCCCUCUCCUCCUCCUCCUCCACCACCGCCUCCUCAGGUUUCUUCUCUACAGCCUCCAUGUUCUCCUCUUGUGCAAAUAGCAUCUAAUAAUAUUUGUGCAUCAGAUAAUUCAGCAACUGAAGUGAAAAAACAGCACCCAGAUACUAGGAAAACCAAUGUUAGUCAUCAUUCAAAAAACCAGAAAAAUAAAGAUGUUCCAAACAUGUUGGAUGUUCUGAAGGAUGUGAAUAAGGUUAAGCUACGUGCCAUUGAAAGGUCCCCUGGAGGCAGACCCAUUCAUAAAAGGAAAAGACAAGACUCACCUUGGGAUCCAGUGUCUUUAAUAUCCCAUGCACUUAAGCAGAAAUUUGCAUUCCAAGAAGAAGAUUCCUUUGAGAAAGAAAAUAAUUCUUGGGAGUCUUCUCCAUUUUCUAGUCCAGAAACUUCAAGGCUUUGUCCUUUUCUCUUCAUGGAAAUUACUAAUGUUUCCAAGGACUCAGAAGCAUUAAACAGCUAUCUCAUUGUGUGGCAUUGGGAACCAAUGGAAGAAGUGCUGGAAAUGUGCCGGGAGGACUGAGUUAUUACUUCUUUGGACCCCAAGCUCCUCAACUGUAAAAUGAAGAGACCAAGCAGGGUGCGCCCUGGGGUCCAAUGUGUGAUAUUAACAUUCUAUGACUUACUUGCUCGGGUAAAAAGAGACAUAAUCAUAGCUCAGUUGAAAUGGAGAAUCAUCUCCUGCUUCAAUCUGCUGCUGGAUAGGAACUAAUCAGAGAGAGAGCAGAAGAUGGAGAAGGAGGGCGUCCAGGGCUUUCCCGAUCACAAAUCUCACCUCCGCUCCGACUCUCUUUAUACUUUUCUUGCAAAAAUAAUAAAAGAAAUGAGGUGGUGGGGUUUCCAAUAACAAAAAUUGUAACCUUCAACCAUCUGGGGAAGGCAAAAAUCCCAUCCACCGCAACUCUCAGUUCGAAAGUAAAGUUGUACCGCACGCAAUCAGGAUGUUACUUAAGAGUGCUCUUAAAAGAACACGUUGUGUGUGGCUGACAGGGUUUUGGUGCUUCAGCAGGGUGUCAGGCCUGUGCCUCUGAGGUGGGAGAGCCGAGUUCCUGACAUUGGUCCACCAGAGACCUCCCAGCUCCACGUAAUAUCAAAUGGCCACAUAAUAUCAAACGGUGAAAGCUCUCCCAGAGAUCUCCAUCUCAAUGCUAAGACCCAGCUCCGCUCAGUGACCAGCAAGCUACAGUGCUGGACACCCUAUGCCAAACAACUAGCAAGACAGGAACACAACCCCACCCAUUAGCAGAGAGGCUGCCUAAAAUCAUAAUAAGGUCACAGACACUCCAAAACACACCACCGGAUGCAGUCCUGCCCACCAGAAAGACAAGAUCCAGCCUCAUCCACCAGAACACAGGCACAAGUCCCCUCCACCAGCAAGACUACACAACCCACUGAACCAACCUUAGCCACUGGGGGCAGACACCAAAAACAACGGGAACUACGAACCUGCAGCCUGUGAAAAGGAGACCCCGAACACAGUAAGUUAAGCAAAAUGAGAAGACAGAGAAGCACACAGCAGAUGAAGGAGCAAGGUAAAAACCCACCAGACCAAACAAAUGAAGAGGAAAUAGGCAGUCUACCUGAAAAAGAAUUCAGAGUAAUUAUAGUAAAGAUAUCCAAAAUCUUGGAAACAGAAUGGAGAAAAUACAAGGAACGUUUAACAAGGACCUUGAAGAACUAAAGAGCAAAUAAACAAUGAUGAACAACACAAUAAAUGAAAUUAAAAAUUCUCUAGAAGGAAUCAAUAGCAGAAUAACUGAGGCAGAAAAACAGAUAAGUGACCUGCAAGAUAAAAUAGUGGAAAUAACUACCGCAGAGCAGAAUAAAGAAAAAAGAAUGAAAAGAAUUGAGGACAGUGUCAGAGACCUCUGGGACAACAUUAAAUGCACCAAUAUUCGAAUUAUAGGGGUCCCAGAAGAAGAGGAGAAGAAAGGGACUGAGAAAAUAUUUGAAGAGAUUAGAGUUGAAAACCUACCUAAUAUGGGAAAGGAAAUAGUCAAGUCCAAGAAGUGCAGAGAGUCCCAUACAGGAUAAAUCCAAGGAGAAACAUGCCAAGACACAUAUUAAUCAAACUAUCAAAAAUUAUAUACAAAGAAAAAAUAUUAAAAGCAACAAGGGAAAAACAACAAAUAACACACAAAGGAAUCCCCAUAAGGUUAACAGCUGAUCUUUCAGCAGAAACUGUGCAAGCCAGAAAGGAGUGGCAGGACAUAUUUAAAGUGAUGAAAGGGAAAAAUCUACAAACAAGAUGACUCUACCCAGCAAGGAUCUCAUUCAGAUUUGACAGGAAAUUAAAACCUUUACAGACAAGCAAGAGCUAAGAGAAUUCAGCACCACCAAACCAGCUUUACAACAAAUGCUAAAGGAACUUCUCUAGGCAGGAAACACAAAGAGAAGGAAAAGACCUACAAUAACAAACCCAAAACAAUUAAGGAAAUGGUAAUAGGAACAUACAUAUUGAUAACUACCAGAAAUGUAAUGGAUUAAAUGCUCCAGCCAAAAGACAUAGACUGGCUGAAUGGAUACAAAAACAAGACCCGUAUAUAUGCUGUCUACAAGAGACCCACUUCAGACCUGGGGACAUAUACAGACUGAAAGUGAGGGGAUGGGAAAAGAUAUUCCAUGGAAAUGGAAAUCAAAAGAAAGCUGGAGUAGCAAUUCUCAUAUCAGACAAAAUAGACUUUAAAAACUAUUACAAGAGACAAAGAAGGACACUACAUAAUGAUCAAGGGAUGAAUCCAGGAAGAAGAUAUAAUAAUUGUAAAUAUUUAUGCACCCAACAUAGGAGCAUCUCAAUACAUAAGGCAAAUGCUAACAGCCAUAAAAGGGGAAAUUGACAGUAACACAAUCAUCGUAGGGGACUUUAACACCCCACUUUCACCAAUGGACAGAUCAUCCAAAAUGAAAAUAAAUAAGCAAACACAAGCUUUAAAUGAUACAUUAAACAAGAUGGACUUAAUUGAUAUUUAUAGGACAUUCCAUCCAAAAACAACAGAAUACACUUUCUUCUCAAGUGCUCAUGGAACAUUCUCCAGGAUAGAUCAUAUCUUGGGUCAAAAUCAAGCCUUGGUAAAUUUAAGAAAAUUGAAAUCAUAUCAAGUAUGUUUUCCGACCACAAUGCUAUGAACUAGAUAUCAAUUACAGGAAAAAAAUCUAUAAAAAAUACAAACACAUGAAGGCUAAACAAUACACUACUAAAUAACCAAGAGAUCACUGAAGAAAUCAAAGAGGAAAUCAAGAACUACCUAGAAACAAAUGGCAAUGAAAACACGAUGACCCAAAACCUAUGGUAUUCAGCAAAAGCAGUUCUAAGAGGGAAGUUUAUAGCAAUACAAUCCUACCUCAAGAAACAAGAAACAUCUCAAAUAAACAACCUAACCUUACACUUAAAGCAAUUAGAGAAAGAAGAACAAAAAACCCCCAAAGUUAGCAGAAGGAAAGAAAUCAUAAAGAUCAGAUCAGAAAUAAAUGAAAAAGAAAUGAAGAAAACAAUAGCAAAGAUCAGUAAAACUAAAAGCUGGUUCUUUGAGAAGAUAAACAAAAUUGAUAAACCAUUAGCCAGAUUCAUCAAGAAAAAAAGGGAGAAGACUCAAAUCAAUAGAAUUAGAAAUGAAGAAAGGAGAAGUAACAACUGACACUGCAGAAAUACAAAGGAUCAUGAGAGAUUACUACAAGCAACUCUAUGCCAAUAAAAUGGACAACCUGGAAGAAAUGGACAAAUUCUUAGAAAAGGACAACCUUCUGAGACUGAACCAGGAAGAAAUAGAAAAUAUAAACAGACCAAUCAUAAGCACUGAAAUUGAGACUGUGAUUAAAAAUUUUCCAACAAAAAAUAGCCCAGGACCUGAUGGCUUCACAGGCGAAUUCUAUCAAACAUUUAGAGAAGAGCUAACACCUAUCCUUCUCAAACUCUUCCAAAAUAUAGCAGAGGGAGGAACACUCCCAAACUCAUUCUAUGAGGCCACCAUCACCCUGAUACCAAAACCAAAGAUGUCACAAAGAAAGAAAACUACCGACCAAUAUCACUGAUGAACAUAGAUGCAAAAAUCCUCAACAAAAUACUAGCAAACAGAAUCCAACAGAACAUUAAAAGGAUCAUACACCAUGAUCAAGUGGAGUUUGUCCCAGGAAUGCAAGGAUUCUUCAAUAUAUGCAAAUCAAUCAAUGUGAUAAACCAUAUUAACAAACUGAAGAAUAAAAACGAUAUGAUCAACUCAAUAGAUGCAGAAAAAGCUUUUGACAAAAUUCAACACCCAUUUAUGAUAAAAACUCUCCAGAAGUUAGGCACAGAGGGAACUUACCUCAACAUAAUAAAGGCCAUAUAUGACAAACCCACAGCCAACAUCGUUCUAAGUGGUGAAAAACUGAAACCAUUUCCUCUAAGAUCAGGAACAAGACAACGUUGCCCAUUCUCACCACUAUUAUUCAACAUAGUUUUGGAAGUUUUAGCCACAGCAAUCAGAGAAGAAGAAGAAAUAAAAGGAAUCCAAAUCGGAAAAGAAGAAGUAAAGUUGUCACUGUUUGCAGAUGACAUGAUGCUAUGCACAGAGAAUCAGAAAGAUGCUACUAGAAAACUACUAGAGCUAAUCAACGAAUUUGGUAAAGUAGCAGAAUACAAAAUUAAUGCACAGAAAUCUCUUGCAUUCCUAUACACUAAUGAUGAGAAAUCUGAAAGACAAAUUAAGGAAACCCUCCCAUUUACCACUGCAACAAAAAAAUAAAAUACCUAGGAAUAAACCUACCUAAGGAGACAAAAGACCUGUAUGCAGAAAACUAUAAGACACUGAUGAAAGAAAUUAAAGAUGAUGCAAACAGAUGGAGAGAUAUGCCAUGUUCUUGGACUGGAAGAAUCAACAUUGUGAAAAUGACCAUACUACCCAAAGCAAUCUACAGAUUCAAUGCAAUCCCUCAAACUACCAAUGGCAUUUUUCACAGAACUAGAACAAAAAGCUUCACAAUUUGUAUGGAAACACAAAAGACCCUGGAUUGCCAAAGCAAUCUUGAGGAAGAAAAGCGAGCUGGCAGAAUCAGGCUCUCAGACUUCAGACUAUACUACAAAGCUACAGUAAUCAAGACAGUUUGGUACUGGCACAAAAACAGCAAUAUAGAUCAAUGGAACAGGAUAGAAAGCCCAGAGAUAAACCAACACACAUAUGGUCACCUUAUUUUUGAUAAAGGAGGCAGGAAUAUACAAUGGGGAAAAGACAGCCUCUUCAAUAAGUGGUGCUGGGAAAACUGGACAGCUACAUGUAAAAGAAUGAAAUUAGAACACUCCCUAACACCAUACACAAAAAUAAACUCAAAAUGGAUUAAAGACCUAAAUGUAAGACCAGGCACUAUCAAACUCUUAGAGGAAAACAUAGGCAGAACACUCUAUGACAUAAAUCACAGCAAGAUUCUUUUUGACCCACCUCCUAGAGAAAUGGAAAUAAAAACAAAAAUAAACAGAUGGGACCUAAUGAAACUUAAAAGCUUUUGCACAGCAAAGGAAAACAUAAACAGGAAGAAAAGACAACCCUCAGAAUGGGAGAAAAUAUUUGCAGAUGAAGCAACUGACAAAGGAUUAAUCUCCAAAAUAUAUAAACAGCUCAUGCAGCUCAAUAUCAAAAAAACAAACAACCCAAUCCAAAAAUGGGCAGAAGACCUAAAUAGACAUUUCUCCAAAGAAAAUAUACAGAUUGCCAACAAACACAUGAAAGGAUGCUCAACAUCACUAAUCAUUAGAGAAAUGCAAAUCAAAACUACAAUGAGGUAUCACCUCACACCAGUCAGAGUGGCCAUCAUCAAAACAUCUACAAACAAUAAAUGCUGGAGAGGGUGUGGAGAAAAGGGAACCCUCUUGCAGUGUUGGUGGGAAUGUAAAUUGAUACAGCCACUAUGGAGAACAGUAUGGAGCUUCCUUAAAGAACUAAAAAUAGAACUACCAUAUGACCCAGCAAUUCCACUACUGGCCAUAUACCCUGAGAAAACCAUAAUUCAAAAAGAGUCACGUACCACAAUGUUCACUGCAGUUCUAUUUACAAUAGCCAGGACAUGGAAGCAACCUAAGUGUCUAUCGACAGAUGAUUGGAUAAAGAAGAUGUGGCACAUAUAUACAAUGGAAUAUUACUCAGCCAUAAAAAGAAACGAAAUUGAGUUAUUUGUAGUGAGGUGGAUGGACCUAGAGUCUGUCAUACAGAGUGAAGUAAGUCAGAAAAAGAAAAAAAAAAUACCAUAUGCUAACACAUAUAUGUGGAAUCUAAAAAAAAAAAAAAAAAAAGAAAAGGUUCUAAUGAA